CCCGGGACGACCGCAGCCUGACCGAACGGAGCAGUGGAGGAUGAGAGCCGCCGCCGGGACGGAGAGCCAUCCGGAGCCGCCGCUGAACCCCGGAGGAGGCGACAUGACUGCGGAAUAAACAGGAGAGAGGAGGCGCUGCGUCUGGCGUGGCUCAGUCAGGAUGUCUGUCCCGGCCGGACCUGCACCGCCCGCCGAGGCCGGACCGGAGCUGCCGGACCUGAGCCACCUGACGGAGGAGGAGCGGGGCAUCAUCCUGUCGGUGAUGGAGAGACAGAAGAAGGAGGAGGAGAAGGAGCAGAGCAUGCUCAAGGAUCAGGAGGAAGUGAAACCUCCAUUAGCUUCGUGGAAUCCAUUCUCGGGGUUCAGUCAGUUGGUCAAUAACGUUGCCGCCAACGUGUCCGAAGUUCUGCAGGUUAAAAGUGCGACUGAAGACGAGUUGCAGACGAAGUUACAUCAGCAGUUUGAGAUGUAUAAGGACCAGGUGAAGAAGCUGGGGGAGGAGCCUCAGGCAGCUCAGACAGCAAGGGCAGAGUCUCCGACCUGCGGCAUCUGUCGUAAGACGAAGUUUGCAGACGGCUGCGGCCGUGCCUGCUGCUACUGUCAGAGCCGAUUCUGCGCCCGCUGCGGGGGGCGUGUCCCACUGAGAGCCAAUAAGGUGAUGUGGGUUUGUAACGUCUGCAGGAGGAAGCAGGAGAUUCUCACUCGGUCGGGGGAGUUUUAUUCCAACAUGUCGCUGCUGUCUGUCGAUCACACCUCACAUGGGGUUCCACAACCAGUGCUGCAGGGGUCGCCGGGGGCCACGGGGCCCCUGAGCAACGGAGCCACCGAGCAGAGUCGGAGCCCCUCAGGGUCGUAUUACGAUGGUUGGGGGGGCAGGAUGCCCCGCUCGCCCUCUGACCACGGUCUCGACUGCCAUGCUCACUCGCCAUAUGGCUACCAUGGUAACGGAGAGGAGGAUCUUCGGGGCCGGAGGCGACCAAUCAGAGACGGGCGAGGCCGCUGGCACUCACAGGACCAUCCUCUGGAUCAGGUUCUGGACCAGCGUGAGAUGCAGCGCCGCCAGGAGGAGGAGUUUCAGGCCCGUUACCGUAGCGACCCAAACCUGGCUCGUUACCCAGUGAAGCCACAGCCGAGCGAGGAGGCCAUGAGGAUGUUAGCUCAGGUUGGCAGGGUCCGCCACCAACGCCGCCACAGUGACGUCUCCCUGGCAACCGCAGAGCCCGACCACCUGACCCCGAGACAUGCAGUUCUCCGUCAGAAUUGGCCUCAGGGUUUGGUCGGACCCAGAGGUCAGAGGUCGUUCUCUGUGGACCGCACAGCCAAUCACAUCAGCCCCACAUCUCCCCGCCGCAGCCCGUUACCGCAUCAACACCUGGACCCGUGCUCCACCCACAAGAAGAAACCAGCCAAUGAGAGUGCAGCACAGAGGGCGCGGAGGAUGGGAAAGAUGCAUGUGAUUGGAAGCUUCAGCAGCUCUGAGGAGGAUCUGGUGACCACACCUGAGUACACCAGCUGUGACGAGCCCGACAGAGACAUGGACAGCCAAUGGUGGGAUCAUGGUUCCUGGCACGGCGAGCCUGGGCCCAAGUCUAUGCAACCGGUCACAUGGCAACCAUCCAAGGAUGGUGAGCGUCUGAUUGGUCGAAUUCUGCUGAACAAGAGGAUGAAGGACGGGACGGUUCCCCCGGAUACAGGAGCACUGCUGGGACUCAAGGUUGUCGGAGGGAAGAUGACAGAGUCCGGUCGUCUCUGUGCUUUCAUCACCAAGGUGAAGAGAGGAAGUCUGGCCGACACUGUGGGACACCUGAGACCAGGUGAUCAGGUCCUGGAGUGGAAUGGUCGGGUUCUUCAGGGAGCCACAUUUAAUGAAGUGUAUAACAUCAUCCUGGAGUCCAAACCAGAGCCACAGGUGGAGCUGGUGGUGUCCCGACCCAUCGGAGAUGUUUCUAGAGCCGCAGACAGCUCCCAUAUCCAGCUGGACUCCAGUUCCAGUUCCUUCGACUCUCAGAAAGUCGGUCCGUCCAUUUCUGUCACGUCUCCCAUGAGCCCCAGUGUCCUGUCCGGUCAAGUUUCUACUGUGAACAGGCGUCCUCUGGUUCCUCGAAUUCAGGUGAAGCUCUGGUAUGAUAAAGUCGGUCAUCAGCUGAUCGUCACAAUUCUUGGAGCCAAAGAACUUCCUGCCCAAGAUGAUGGCCGACCCAGGAACCCUUAUGUCAAGAUCUAUUUACUGCCAGAUAGAAGUGAUAAGAGUAAACGGAGGACGAAGACGGUAAAAAAGUCAGUGGAACCUCGAUGGAACCAGACCUUCAUGUACUCUCCAGUCCACCGCCGGGAGUUCAGAGAACGCAUGUUGGAGCUGACGGUCUGGGAUCAGGCGAGGGUCCGAGAGGAGGAAAGCCAGUUCCUAGGAGAGGUUCUGAUCGAACUGGAGUCGGCUCUUUUGGACGAUCAACCUCACUGGUACAAACUUCAGAUCCAUGAUGUUUCCUCACUGCCACUGCCCAGCGCCUCCCCCUACCUGCAGAGGAGAGGACUGCAGCCUGAACUGAGUCAGACCAACAGGAGGCUGCAGAGGUCUCAGAGGAUCAGUGACAGUGAGUUUUCAGAUUACGACUGUGAAGAUGGCAUCGGGGUGAUAUCAGACUACAGACAGAAUGGGCGGGACUUCCACAGCUCCACCCUCUCAGUGCCGGAGCAGAUGAUGUCGUCCAAUCAUUGCUCUCGAUCUGAUAUGGUCAGGAUGAGGUCACGGUCACCGAGUCAACCGCCUCCUCACAGGUACAGUCGAGGGAUGGACCGGCAGGAUUACUACAGUCGCUCUCGGUCAGCUGACCAGCGAGCGAUGGCGGACAGACCCAUCUACACACGAUCACACUCCACGGACCGAGCUGACUCCUUUCACCUGACGUCCCGACGCUCCGCCCCUCCCUCACCUGCCCUUACCAGGGCGAACCCUCGAAGCGGAUCAACCCAGACGAGUCCAUCAGGAUCACCGGUCUGCAGCCACCGAGGACGCCAGCUGCCUGCUGUCCCGCCCAAAGGAGCUGUGGACAAAAAUGGAGGAGAACCUGACCCUGUGCAGACAGUUUUGGCCUCGACCACCGCAGGAGCACCACCUGCAGCUGUAGCCCCGCCCACUGCCCACAAACAAACCCCUCCCCCUGUCAAUCACCAACUGCCUCCUCUUAUACGCAUCCAAGCCCCGCCUCCUCCCAGACCUGUCCAACCUCAUCCACCUCCUGUCUCUGCAUCCGCACCUGUUGCCACACCUGUACCUAUACCUGCCCCCACACCUGCACCUGUGGCACUUCCUGUCCAAGUCAAAAUCCCGCCCCCAGCUUCUGCACCAACACCUGCCGCAGCACCAACUCCAACACAUGCCCCAACAGCUGCUCCAGCCCCACCCCCAGCUCCUGCCCCUGCUCCAGCCCCACCCCCAGCUCCUGUACCUGCUCCAGUUCCUGCACCUGUUCCAACCCCACCCCCUGCUCCUAUAGUCCGAUCACAGCUACCUCCUGAACCAGCACCGCCCCCUGCUCCUGGAGUCCAAUCACAGCUGCCUCCUGAACUAGCCCCGUCUCCUGCACCUAAUCAAAUUCCUACCCCCUCACCUACCCCAGCCCCCUCCCCUGCUCCGUCACCAGCCCCGCCCCCACAGACUCCAGAGCCAGACAGACGCUCAGCAACACCUGGAGGAACCAGAAAAGAGGUCACAUGGGAGGACCAGCAAAAGAAAACAGCCAAUGGGGAGGUGUUGCCGCUGAGCAGAGAAGGUGUGAUGAAGGAUCCGUCAAAGAUGAGGGACAGCGUGUCCUUUAAAUCAUCAGACAGUGACGUCAGUGAUGUGUCGGCCAUAUCCAACACCUCCGACACUCGACCUGUUCGAAGAAUCAGUCGGGCGGAGGCUCUUGAUGGCCAAUCAGUGGAGUUGGGGGUGGGAUCAGAGGGAGCAGUGGCGGAGGGCGGGGCCUCGCUGCAGAAGAGUGAAUCAGUAGAGGAGGGAGAGGAGGAGCAGCCGGAGCCUCCAAAGGUGGGGUCGGCGGCUGGAGCUCCUCUCACAAAGUCGUCGAGCGUCGGUGGUGAAAUCUGUUCGCUGGGAAGAAACGACGACGACGACGACGACAGGAAGAGACGCUCAAGUUUCGGAGCAAGGAUGAUGGGAAUGGUCGGAUUAGGAAAGAAGAGUCAGAGCGCCUCCCAGCUCAACCCCGAGGAGGAGGAGAAGAAAAAGAAGGUGGUGAGACUUCCUGUCCAGAGGAGUGUAGAAACCGGUUUGGCCAUCGAGUUCAAAGCUCGUUUCACCCGACAGCCGAGUCGAGAUCCGGAUGCCGAGGACCCCAAACCUGGAGCUCUGAUUUUUCCAGGAGUUAAACUGGCCUCAGACCAACAGUUCACCGGCUUCCUGGAGGGAUUAGGUCCUGCCCAGCUGGCUGGACGGCAGACGCUGGCCACACCCCCCAUGGGUGACAUCCAGAUCGGGAUGGUUUACAGGAAGGAGCGUCUGGACGUGGAGGUGAUUCGAGCCCGGGGGCUUGUGGGUAAACAAGGAAACAAGAACACUCCAGCUCCAUAUGUGAAGGUGUAUCUGAUGGACAACGGGAAGUGUGUGUUGAAGAGAAGAACUCGUCUGGCGAGAAAAACACUCGAUCCUCUUUAUCAACAACAGCUGCAGUUUGAGGAGAAUCCUGAGGGGAAAGUACUGCAGAUCAUCGUCUGGGGAGACUACGGGCGAAUGGAUCAUAAAUCCUUCAUGGGUGCCGCUCAGAUCCUAUUGGACGACCUGGACCUGUCCAACAUGGUGAUUGGCUGGUUCAAACUGUUUCCAGCCACGUCAUUGGUGGAUCCUGCCUUGGCCCCGCUGACCAAUAAGGAAACAGAGGGCACAAAAUCGUAGCGUCAGGAGGCGGGACUGACUUUACCGUCAUGGUAACGGGCUGAGAGGGGGGAGGAGGGGAUAGGUUGCUGCUGGGCGGGGCCUAAAAGAAGUUCCAUGAUCCUCCUCUGCUGUUGCAUGCUGCAUGAUGACAUCACAGCCAUAAUGUAACAAUGCCAUGAUGAUGUCACCGGGAGUAAGAGGGAGGCUCCGCCCCCCCAGACAGUGACCUAAAAAAUGAGCCCCCCCCACCAACUCCCCCUGCUGAGGGUGGGGCAGUGCAGCAAAGGAUGCUGGGAAAGGACAGGAGAUGCCAUCGGCCCUCCAGCUGCCGGCCAAUCACAGCAGCUUCUCUGGAGUCAUGUGAAACAAUAGACUCAGUCACCUGAUGGUUUCCAUGGAGAUGGAGGAAUAUGGAGGUCUGGUUCUUUGUUUUUUGCAUGGAACGAUGAAAUGAUUAGAAAAAAAAACAUCAACUGCAAAAAAAUGUAAAGAACAUGAGAACAUCGCCUGAAAAUAAAAAGAUUCUCAACACUCA